AUGGAUCGACUGCCGCAGGAAAUCGUCGACCGCAUUGCCGCACUGCUCCCCGCCGGCGCCAUCCCGAUGCCCGAGCCUCCAGCCCCGAGACACGCGAGCAAGCCCGGCAUGCUACAGCGCCUCGCUUCCAAGGUUCGCCGCGAGCACCACCACCCGGCGCCGUCCAGGCACUGGACGCGCGCCUCCGCGGCGGCGACGUCCCGCCGGUGGCAGCGCGCCGUCGAGCCGCUCGUCUACGCCGCCCUCGUCCUCCGCGGCGGCGACCCGGCCCUCGAGAGACUACGCGCCGCACUGGCGCGUCGCCCCGAGCGCUGCGCGCACAUCCGCUCCCUCACCGUCGUCCUGCCGCUGACCCACCGCCACUGGACCGGCCGCGGCGUCGACGCGGAGGCGCUCCUGCGGCCGCUGUUUUCCGUCCUGUGCGAGGUGCGGACGACCGCGACGGUGGACCUGACGCUGCGGUUCGAGGCUGGGCACCCGGGCAUGCGGCACCGCUGUCGCCAGGGUAUCGUGUUCGACGGGGACGAGCCUGCGGUGGCGGUGGCGGGGUGCGUCCGGAGGCUGGACUUUACGCCUGCCGCGCCGGAGACGGAGCGUGGCCGGCGCGACGUGCUCCAGCUGCACCUCGCGGAGCAGGCGCGCCUCGUCUUGGAGGCGGCGCGCUUCCCGAACUUAUGCGCCGUGGUGUGGCACGCGGUCGAGUCCGAGGCGCAGGCUGAGCGGGACGCCGCGCGUGACGCGUUCGCCGCGUGUCUGGCGGAGAACCUCCCCCGACACCGGGGCGUGACGGAGGUCAGCGUGGCGCUGCGCCUCGGGAGGCUGGGCUUCACCGUGUGCGCGGCGAGCGGCGUCGGCGCGGCGAGCUACGGCCAGCUGCUGCAGACGCUGGCCGCCGCGACGCAUGUGGAGGAGCUUCGGUACGCUGGCGUCGUCGCGCCGGCGUUGCUCGACAACGGUCGGUGGCAGGCGCUGCGCAGGCUGACGGUGUGCAUGGCGCUCCUGGACCCGGAGGGGCGGUUCUACUUUGCCGGGGACGUCUACGCCGACGCCGAGCUGGACACGCCGCCGGGGUGGUGUCCUCUGGCGCCGUGGGAUAGAGACGAUGAGAGGUUCCGCGAGGUGCCGGAUGAGGAGGUCAUGGCGCCGCUGCUGCGCGCGCUGGCGGGGUUGCUGGAGCGGCUGCCGAGGCUGGAGACGGCGCGGCUGGUGGUGCGGCGCGGGACGCUCGGGGCGCCGCCGUGGGAGGUGUGCUACUGCGCGCCGGGGAGGACGGACAAAGGCGCGUGGGUGCCGGCGGAUGGGGGCGACGGCGACGGCGACGGCGACGGCGACGGUCGGCCGAGCGUGUGGUUCGUGACGGGCCGGUGGCGACCGGGGGAUGAGCUGGUGAGGGAGUUUAGGAGGGCGGGGAGGGGAGCUGGGCACGGGGAGGAGGCGUCGGUGAUGUACUGGUCCAUGGAGGAUUCUCCGGUUCGUCUGUAA